UUCAUUCCUUUUUAUUGCUUAGUAGUUUUCCAUUGGAUGGAUAUGCCAAAUCUCUCCUCCUGAUUUUUUGAAUCCAUACACAAAUCAGGUUUUCAUCCUCACUACAUCACUGUAACUGCUCCUACCAAGGUCACCCAAAGUUAAUUCUAACUAAUCUUCCCUGAACACAUCCGCAACAUUUGUCAUAGCUGAUCUCCACCUCCUCUUUGAAGCAGUUCCAAGUGCCUUCCAGAAUGCCUCAUUCUCCUAGUGUCUUUCCCCGUCUCCUGACCAGGCUUGCUCCAACUCCUUGGCUGCUUUUCCCUCAUCUCCAAAGGCCUCUAAAGCCUCUAAACUGGUGUGUCCUGGGGCUCAAUCCAAUCUCCUUUCUAUUUAUAUUCCAUUGGUGAUUGCAUCCUGUUUUUGUUUGUUUUUUGAGACAGGGUCUCAUUCUGUCGCCCAGGCUGGAGUGUAGUGACGCGAUCUCGGCUCACUGCAACCUCUACCUCCCGGGUUGAAACGAUCCUCCCGCCUCAGCCUCUGAGUAGCUGGGACCAUAGGCAUGUGUCACCACGCCGGACUAAUUUUUUGUAGAGCUGGGGUUUCGCCAUGCUGCCCAGGCUGGUCUCAAGCAUGUUUUUUGCUUUCUAAGUCAUCUACAAGCACCAGAGGCAGAGUUACAUAGAUCCUUCCUGCCUACCCCCACUGUCCCUGCCCUCAGGCCACUCCAGCAUCCAGCAGGCCAGAAACCUCAGAAGAUUUCUUGCCUCCUUUCUCUCUCCUCCAGGGGCCCGGUUCGAUGUCCCCAUCUGCCCACAGCGCCUCUCGUGCCAGCUGCUCCGCCUGUCCUGCCCUUGCUCAGACCACCCAAGCAUCAUCCGUGCUCUGGCCCCUGGCCACCAGGUCCACCCCACAUGCUGUCCUCACAGGUGACGCCUUGCCAUUCCUGGGGACCAGGGCCUCCUUGUUCUGGUCAUACACAGUGGGGUGUAGGUCGAGCGACAAUCCCUCCCCUGCCCUUUCUUUCCCUAUGGCGAUGGCCGCUCUGGCUCUUGAAGGAGGCUUCACUUCCGCGCUUAUCCUUGGAGAGCAGUUUUCAUCCGAUUCGCAGGGGUCCGCGACCUCCUAUCCCAGAUCCCCGCCUGGAGUUGAGGAGUGAGACCAGGUAUAACUAUAAGAAAUGAAUUUUAAUGUCUGGAAUAUCAAAGAGAUGCUCAGUAUUCCUUCAGGCUCUGGGAACAAGAAGUCAUCCAACUGGAAUAAUAAUCAAAAUGAUUAUUCCAGUCUCAGUGAUUCCCAGUUCCUCUUUGGAUCUCAGUUCUGUCCAGAAAAUUCAGAAACCCUAUCAGCACCCUUGGACUUUGGUGCCCACUUGAGACAUUCAAAACAGUCACAACAGAAUUCUCUGGAGGGUGAACCUAGCAUUUUCACAAAGUACCAGACAAAGCCCCAGCUGUUUGGAGGAGAUAUAAAAGAUGGAGGUUUAUUUCCUCCUCCUUUGUCAGUUGGAAAAUCAAAAGGCCUCUUGGAACAGUUUGAGGAGAAAAAGAAAAGGGCAAAAGACAAAUAUGACAGUGAGACUCUAUACAACUUUGUUUCUAAUGUUAGAGAAAGCAUUCACAGGUUGCAGACGUCUGUGGAAAAGUCUGAGGAACAUCUCAGUUCAAGAAGCCAAUCUAUUUUGGAUUCUUUGGAGACUGUGGCCAAGACAUUACAAGAGACUGUACAGGCCCAGAAUGACCUGGUGUUUGAGGCAGUCCAGGACAAAGCCAACAUGCAGCAGGCCAUCCUUGAGAUGAAGAAAAGAUUUGAAGCUAGACAAGCAGAGUUUAUAGAAAUGAAGUCCAACCUGAAGCACCUUGAAGUUUUAGUUGCUCAGCAGAGUAAGGAAUUCCAGCAGCUGUGUGAGCAGCUAGGCCAGCUGAAUGUGCCCAAUGUCCUAGCAGAGCUGAAGAGAUUGAUCUCAGUGCCUCCAGUGAAAGACAGCGCUUCUCAGACGUCGCCACCUUUGGCCCAGAGCCUCAAUCUCACCAGGCAGGAAAAAUACACCUCUGAGAAACCAGUUUUAUGGCAGGCCCAGGCCCUCCCUGCUGCAUGGAAUCCUGGUAUGGGCUCCCUACAGCCUGGAGAAUUUGUUGUCUGGGGUGAAGGAGCAAAGAAUGAUGCUCUCCAAGAAGAGGCUGCACUGCCAGCAUUUGGGUCCCAUGAAAGAAAUAGGCAAGUAAAGGACAAGGCGGUGCAGACUAACUUCAAGAACUGGGCUGUUACUAAAACAGGUGCCAAGAACCAUGGUUCCAGCAUCCCAGGCCAUAAGAUUCCUAGUGACAGGGACCUGGUUUCCCAAGGAGCCUCACAGCUCACAUCACUGGAGAUAAACAACUUUUCAACCAGCAUUAAGAAUGCCUGCCAAAAAUAUCAAGCCCAAAGUAUGUUUUUGUGUGACCCACGUGAACAUUUGGUGAUUAAACAGAAAGAUGGGACUGUAGAAAUGCGGGGGAAAGACAAGAAGCAGCAGCCCAGGAAGGCCCACAGGGCCCACAGAGGCAGGCUCCUAGCCAGCAAGCAAAAACAAAUCCCAAUCCAGACCUGUAAAUUCAAUUCCAAAUAUCAGAGUCCUCAGCCUGCAAUUUCUGUCCCCCAAAGCCCCUUCCUGGGGCAGCAGGAACCCCAUGCUCAGCCUCUGCAUCUGCAGUGUCCCAGGAGCCCCAAAAAAUCAGUCUGCCCUAUUCUGGGAGGAACAGUCAUGCCCAAUAAGACAGUAAGGGCAGAGCAGGGAAGACUCUUACAGCUCAGCAGAUGCGCUUCCCAAGACAACAGGCUACUUUCCAGCAGUUCCCAGGGGGACCACCAGAUGAGCUGGUUCAGUGACCUCAAUCUCGGAUGUUCAGAGACCCCUCUAUGCAAGGAGGCAGGAAAGAAUUUGCUCUAUGACCUAGGUUUUGAUAGCAGUGAUGAUGAUGGCUUCUGACCAGUCCACAGUUGAUUUAUUGGUCUCAGCUAGAAAGACAAAUUGCAGGACAUUUGGGCUGGCCAACAGCAGAAAGUCCCUGAAGCCUGCCAAGUACCCAGGGUCAGAGGCCCUGCUGAGGUGGGGUCAAUGAGCACGAGGGUAGGGAAGGUCCAGCAUUCUGGGUACCAGGUGCUGCCCCUGACAAGGAUUAAGUGCAUCCUUAUUUAUUGGAAUGAAAUGUGAAAAUGGUGGUGAUGAGAGCUGAGGCAGCAGCCUGGUUGUGGAGCAUCUGGAGCAGGGUGCCUGUACUUUGGCGAAAGGCGGGCAGGCCUCUUUAUGGAAUAUUGUGUAGCAGAAGGGCUCUCAUAAAACUGUUGCGGUGGCAGCAUGACUCCAAACAACAUUUUUGGGUCUUAUUCCCUACACAUAACCAAUACAUUUUCAGGCCUCAGGAUUUUUUUCUUUCUUAUUUUUAGCCACUUAUGCUACCAGAAUGUUUGCAUUUUUUGAUCAGUAGACAUAUUACAGGACACCCUAAAUCUUCUUGUGAACAGAGAAAAUAAAAUGAUAAGCCUGCCAGUGAAAGAGGUGACAUGCACUAGCAAAUGUCCAGAGCAUCACUGCUCACAAGCCAUUUUUCUUCCUGGCUUUUUCCCUUGUCCUGUUUUUCAAGUACUUUCUUAAAACUAAUAAUAUUGUAGACCUUGUAUUAUUUCUGAAGAGCAGUGGGCUUAUAUGGGACUUUGGCUUUCCGUUUUUAUCUUGCUGAAGUUUUUGAGUUUUUGCAACACAUAUGUAUUUUUUAUCAGAAAUAAGAUAAAACAUUUAAAAGCAUAUAUGUUUUUUCUUUCUUUCCGCUCCCCUCACCCCGAGAUGGAGUAUUGCUCUGUCACCCAGGCUAGAGUGCAGUGGUGUGAUCUCAGUUCACUGCAACCUCUGCCUCCCGGGUUCAAGCAAUUCUGCCUCAGCCUCCUGAGUAGCUGGGAUUACAGGCGCCCACCACCACACCCAGCUAAUUUUUCUAUUUUUAGUAGAGACGGGGGUUUCACCAUGUUAGCCAGGCUGGUCUCGAACUCCUGACCUCAUGAUCUGCCUGCCUCAGCCUCACAAAAUGCAUGAGCCACUGCGCCUGGCCUAUUUUUUUCUUUCAAGUUUAUCAAACUGAUGUCCCAGUUUAAUUUUUUAAGUUUACUUAGGAAAUGAAAUAGAAGCAAGGCACACUUGUAAUCCUAGCACUUGGGGAGGCUGAGGCAGGAGGAGUGCUUGAGGCCAGGAGCUCAAGUCUAACCUGGGCAACAUGGUGAGACCCCGUCUCUUUUUUUUUUUUUUUUUUUUUUUUUUGAGACAGAGUCUUGCUCUGUCACCCAGGCUGGAGUACAGUGGCUCGAUCUCGGCUCACUGCAAGCUCCUCCUCCCGGG